AUGACGACAAAAGUCGGAGCUGCUUCCAUCGAGGUUCGAUAUUUGACCGAGCCAUGCGACCCAGGACAAGCCCGUCGCUGUAUCCGUCCUUUCCCAUUCGAUCGCCGUUCUCGUCUUCCUUCCUCCUUCUUCUUCACUCUCAACGACGAAAGCAACAUGCUGAACGCUUCCGCCUUGCGCAGAGCGACCGCGUUCACCGCCCCACGACGUAUCGGUUGCGCCGUUUACGCUCGGCAACUGCAUUCGGGCGCGCAGGAGCCUUUCCGAAUCCUGUUCUGUGGCUCGGACCAGUUCUCCGUCGCGAGCCUCGAGGCUCUGUACAACGCCGAUGUGCUCACUCCGCCGGAGCAGCGUGUCGGACGCGGUCGCAAGCAACGUUACAUUCCUCCGUUACAGACAUUUGCCAUUGACGCUGGAAUUCCGUGGCACACGGUGCCGAGUUCGGGUCUGGACAAGUCCUUUGACCUUCCGCACCCGUUCAGCCAGAAGCACCCGAGCCACCUGCUGAUCACUGCAUCGUUUGGACACAUCAUCCCGACUCCUCUCAUGAGCCCGUUCCAGCAUGCGCUGAACGUGCACCCCUCGAUGCUGCCGAGAUACCGCGGUGCGGCUCCGAUUCAGUGGGCCAUCGCGAACGGCGACCGGACGACGGGCGUCAGUGUGCAGAACAUGGGUCCGCGAGAGCAGGGUAUUGACAGCGGUGCGAUCAUCGGUGCUGUCGAUGGUGUUCCCAUCCCCGCCAACGCGACGUACCCGACGCUGGCGGAGGACCUGUCGCACGUGAGCGCCAAGCUGCUGGUCGCAGUUUUGCGCCAGAUGCUCCGCGGCGAGGCCUCAGCCCGGCCGCAGGAGGGCGAGGUGGUGAAAGCGCCCAAGGUGACGAAGGAGCGCAUGCGUGUGAACUGGACCCAGCCGGCCGAGGCGCUGGAGCGCAUGUCGCGUGCGUUCUCGCACCACACCCCGCUCUGGGCCGAGCACAACGGCAAGGCCGUGCAGCUGACGCUGCUCGCGGCCCCGGCGCCGGAGACGCUCGCGAACGUGCCCCGCCCGAACGUGCCCCGCCCCGAGUCGCGCCCGGGUACCGUCGUGUUCGACAAGCCCCAGAAGCGCGUGUACGUGGUCACCGGGGACGGCAACUCGCUCCUCGUCCUGAACCGCGUCAAGCCCAUUGGGCGCGGGGAGAUGAACGCGGCAGAGUGGUGGAACGGGCUUCCGGAGGACCACAGGCAGAGGGGAUGGAGCAGCUUCGACUAG